UCCAAAAGUGUGUUAUAUAUAAUCAUACGCUUCUCUUCCUACUACACUUUCAUUACCUACAAUAAAAUGGCAAAAGAAUUCAUGGAUCAUUUUUUCGGAGAAACUCCAGUAAAUUUUGAUGAUGUGCAAGAUCAUUCAACAAUCAGAAUACCAUCAUUGGGUAAAGUACUACCACCAGGACCUGAUGCCAGUAUUAUAGAAGAGGCGCAACAGGAAUUUGCAGUAAUCCAUUCUUCGCAGCUAAAAUAUUCAUUCCACCGCUUUGUUGGAACAGUCUAUCUAAUAGGUGGUGCUGUUGGCUGUUUGACUGGUUUGUACAAGGGUAUACGCGAAAUUAAUAAAAAUAAAUAUACUGCCAAAAUGCAAAGAACGGUACUCCUGAAUCACGUAUUAAAGGAAGGUUUCGUACAAUCAAAUACAAUGGCUGUGAUUGGAAUAAUUUACAGUGGCGUUUCUUUGUUGGUCAAACACAUUCGCCCCGAUUGCGAUGGUGACUUCAAUACAAUUAUUUCAGGUACAGCAACGGGUAUGUUACUCAAGUCAACUGAUGGUGCUACAAAAUGUGUUCUAGGUGGAAUUAUCGGGAUGUGCGUAUCUGUUAUAUAUAGGGUCUAUACAAAUUUUUGAGAAUCUAAAUCCUUAGAACAAAAGAAAGCAUAAAUGAUAUCACUUUGGAAGUUUCGAUUUGUUCGGUAGUUAUUUCUUGAUAUAAAAUGUCUGGAAAAAAUUUUUCAUUAAAUUAUUUUAU